UAUCUUCUUUGAUUAAUGUGGCGUAUUACACGCUCCACCGCUUUCCGGAGACCCGGGGCGUCAGAGAGAGAAAAAGACGAAACGCGAUACAGCGUGGUGAUUUAUUCUAAAUGACCCUCACUAACCGCGACUCACGUGGCACAGAAAUUCCAUUUCAGUCCACGUACAUGGCAAACCAAGAAGCAGCCUGUCACAUAAGUCCUCCACACGAGCGCGGUGAUCUAAAAAUUCCCCCCUCUACUUUUAACCGCAGUGGAAAAAUAAAAAAUGAAGAAUUGCAGUUCAUUGAUAUUUUUAACCCAACCACGGUUACCCCCAACCUAACCACGGUUAAGUGGCACUUUAUAAAACAAGCUAACCCUGCCGGAGUUUCUGUAAACAAAAACCAUCAGCAACAUAAAAAAAAAAAUAGAAAGAAAAAUGAUGCUCGGAGAACACCAUCGCGGGAAUCCGACGGUCCUCGUGCCACCGUGGCCAGCCCACGACGAUCCAACGGCUGAGAUGUACUCCGCGUUCUUAACAAACGACGUCAAUGCUGGUGAGUACUCUCCGUACCAUCUUCAAGAAGCACUAACGGCGCUGCAGCGUUUUCUGCCGUCAAACGAAACGGACGCAGACUCGGACUCCUCGGAGGCGGCUCAGCCCGACGCGGCGGUGGACGCGUACACGUGCGACCAUUUCCGCAUGUACGAGUUCAAGGUCCGUCGAUGCGCACGUGGCAGGUCACACGACUGGACGGAGUGUCCGUACGCGCAUCCCGGCGAGAAGGCCCGCCGCCGUGACCCGCGGAGGUUCCACUACUCUGGCGUGGCGUGCCCGGAGUUCCGCAAGGGAAACUGCAGGAAAGGCGACGCGUGCGAGUUCGCGCACGGCGUUUUCGAGUGCUGGCUCCAUCCGGCGCGCUACCGGACUCAGCCAUGCAAGGACGGCACGAGCUGCCGGCGGCGCGUGUGCUUCUUCGCGCACACGCCGGAGCAGCUGCGCGUCCUGCCGAUGCAGAGUCCGCGUAGCGUGGCAAACUCAUCGGAGUCCUACGACGGGUCUCCGAUGAGGCAGGUUUCGUUGUCGUCGUCGGCGGCGGCGGCGGCGUUCAUGUCUUCUCCGGCGGCUUCUCUCUCUCCGCCAGAGUCGCCGCCAUCGGUGAACGAGAUGGUGGCUUCUCUGCGUAAUUUGCAGCUUGGGAAAAUGAAAUCGAUGCCUCACAAUAGGAACGUGUCGGUCGGGUCGCCGAGGGGAUCGGUACUCCGACCGGGUUUUUUAAGCCUUCCAACAACGCCAACUCAGCAACCGGUUCGGUCUGGGGUGAAGUGUUUUGAUGUUUGGGAUGAGAGUUUUGAGGAGGAACCAGUUAUGGAGAGGGUGGAGUCAGGGAGGGGAAUAAGGGCUAAGAUGUUUGAGAAGCUCAGCAAGGAGAAUUCACUCGACGCCUCGGCUUCGCCUCCGGAUCUUGGGUGGGUCUCGGAGCUUGUUAAGUGAGAAGCCAGUCCUUGUAAAUAUGGCAUGGCUGAAGAGAAGAAGAGAAGAAGACAAGAAUCUCUUUUUUGUAUAGUUAGCUUACUAUUAUUAUUAUCAUCAUCAUGGUUUUAAACAGCAUUCCUCAACGCAAUCAAGGUAUUUGGAUUCACUGUAAUACACAAUCGUAAUUGAGGCUGCAUCAGUCGCAAUUACCUACCAUUUAUAUAAAGGUUUUCACCCUUGUGCGAGUCCGAUCGCAAUCCUAAUUUAAAACUAGGUUUUUACUUAAAUUAACUCUUGCAUGUGUUAUUUUCAGUACUACUUUCACUUACUAGCUAAUCUCAUCUUAUUGAUGUACAAAUGUAUAAAUACUGCUAUUUAGGAUCCAAGGGGAAUCUUGUUAUGCUAAUUAUUUAUGUAAUGUAUAUUUUGUUUUAUUUUAUUUUA